AUGAGCUAUAACUCGAUUGUCUUUCGUGAAUUUACGCACGAAUCAUUUCAACGUAUUGAACGUUAUCGAAAAGAAGAAGCUGAACGUAUUGCUUCUGAACAAUUAGAACAACAAAUAAUACGUGAGGACGAUAAUGAUGAACGUCAUCAUAUGAUAAAAUCAUCGAAAGAUGAAUCUAUUGGU